AGAACCCACCGGAGCAGCUGGAUUAACCUCUCCCUUGCAUCUAUUCUAGUUCGCUCGUUUAUUUCAACAUUCGGAGGCCCCAAAAACAAUGAAGGAAAACUGAGUCGCAGAUCCCCGAAAAAUGCUUCUCCUGUUGAAACCCCACCUCGGUGGCAGACACCGUCACCCGAUACACCUUCACCACCCACGGAGUUCUCCCCAAUAGGUGGUACAACGCCCAGAAUUGGUGGGAUUGGGUCACGUCCUGCGUCGAUGAUCUUCUCAAGCAAUCCUCCGUUGAUGGCCCAGGUGGAUGGUACCCCACCGGAGCUAUCGCCGAUCUUUUCCUUCCUCAACAUACACACCAACAAAGUCUACCACGAAGGCUAUUUUUUGAAGCUUAAUGACCAAGAUAACCACGGGCGACCGUGUCUAGAUCGGCAAUGGGUAGAAUGUUAUGCUCAACUUGUAGGAACAGUUCUUUCUCUAUGGGAUGCCACUGCGCUGGACGAAGCUGGCGGACAAGAGGUCCCGGCGACCUUUAUUAAUGUGGCAGAUGCGUCCAUCAAAAUGAUUGAAACAUUGCCCAUCAGAAAUGGUGCGGCAGCACCUUUGAAUAAUGUUUUGAGUAUCUCCUCCGCAGGGAAAAACCGAUACCUCCUCCAUUUUCGCACAUUUCAUUCCAUGUGCGAGUGGACUGCUGCAGUCCGUCUUGCCAUGUUCGAGCAUACUUCCUUAUAUGAAGCAUACACCGGCUCUCUCAUCGCGGCCAAAGGGAAACAUCUCAAUGGAAUCCAAGCAAUCCUGGCUCCUUCAAGAUUCCGACAUGAAGAUUGGGCACGGGUGCGGUUUGGCGCAGGAACUCCGUGGAGACGAUGCUGGUUUGUGAUCAACCCUCCGGAUGAGAGGGAGGUCGCAAAGGCUAAAAAGGCUUUGAAAAAAUCGGCAUAUGAUCGUUUAUCCAUCCCAGUCACAGGAAACAUCCAGUUUUUUGAGACUCGCAAGACCAAAAAGGUCACCCCGAUUGCGACAAUGACCCACGUUUAUUCGGCAUAUGCUAUCUACCCACAGUCCAAGGCUUUGAUCGACCAAUCGACUCUGGUGAAAUUGGAAGGCCGGAUCACGGUACACGGGCAGAACCAGGCCACCACGGAGGGCUUUGUAUAUGUCAUGCCAGAGCUGCAUGCCGCGGUUUCUGGAUUUGAAAUGAUGCUGCGAUUCCUUUUCCCGACCUUCGAUACCUUCAAUCUUUAUGGCCGCCCGACUCGUCUUGUGGCCGACACCAAUCAUAUUAAGAGCAUUAUGUUUGCAUUCCCCCAGGAGCGUCGAUUUGGAUACCUGGACCUUUUGGACAUUUCUACCCUUCUUCAGACCCCGGGGAGCCAAGGAUGGAGUGAAGCCGAGUGGAGGCGACAGCUGAAAGAAGCGACCCAGAAGAGGGCAUCUACGGGUCGAAGCAGAGCCAACAGCGUCAACAGCACUCGGCCAAGAUACCGCUCGAGUGUCUCUAUUAACCAGUCUAACCCGACUGAAUCCCCUCGUAGACCUUUUCUGGAGGGCAAGCCUGAGUUCAAUGGGUCUACCGAAGCGGUGAUUCGCGAGGUCCCUAGAGCUGAAACUCCCACCUAUCACAAUCGCGGAACGUCGGACAUCACAGGCCUGCAGACAGAGCCUAGGCUCGGCUAUGCAUCCCUGAAUGAAAGCUCACCUGACUUAUCGGCCCAGGAUCUGGUGCAACAUGACAGACAAGCUGCGCUGGCGGGUCCUAUCAUGGAGCACUACAGUCCCGAGGGGGGAAGACAUCCUGCCCUGGUCAAUAGAGAGCAGCUUCCACCGCGCACGCCUCCUUCUCCUGUCGCAAGCCCCCCGGCCUUCGCACACGGUCCUCGGGAGAUGCCCAUGAACCGCCCUCACGCAACUGCAGCGCAGCGAUUGGCCAACAAUCGCAUGUCCGACGCUACUCUCAUGCAGCUAACGUCGGUUGGCCAGAUGGGCGGAGACGCGUUCGCGGUACAGGACUACCCCUCCCCAGCCAGCGAUGAGCAGUCCCAAAACCAGCGCUCUCGAGUGCCAGCUCCCGCGCCUGCUGUACAGGGAAUGGGGCCUACAAGCUCGCCGAACCCACAACUGGCCAAUCCCCCCAGCGAGGAAGGAAUGCGUCUUGCUGUCGCGAUGCAAGCCUCCCUAAACACGGAUGAUCGGCCUCGAACAUCUAGCACUACGGGGUCCUCGUCGCCGCAGCGAAAGAUUCCAAUUGACUCGGCCAAGUCGGUGAAACGGAAGCCACUUCCCCAAAGACAGCUCUUCAAUGACGAGCCCCAGUCUCCCGAUGAGCCUAGCCUGGAUGACCUUCGCCACACUGUGGACGAAGAUGCUCUCGAUCGCAUUGCUCCUCAUCUGCCAUCUCCCGUUACUCCGAACGAGAAUCAAAUUGAGGAAGAAAGUGUUUAUGACGAUGCUGACUCUACUGUCUCGCCGGACUACGCAAGCACCCAUGACUCUAUUUACAGUAAGAAGUCUCAGAAAUCGACCAAGCCGCGAAUGGGUGUCAUGAAGAUUGUGGGCGAACCCGCGAAAGCCGAUCUUGUCAUUGGCGAUGCUCGUUACUCGACCAACCAGCCUAAAGAAGCCAACCCGGACAUCCCAUCUGUUGAUUUCGGGCCCACGCUGACUUACAUGCCCACCACUGGACGCCCAAGUACGGGCGACGCUUUACGCAGAGGAUCCCACCAGAGAAGCGAUUCUGAAGCCGAGCGAUACAGGCUUUCUGUGCCGACAAACACCAUGGAUAUCGGUCAUAGCCGGUCCCCUGGCCAGGAGGAACACAGACGGAGCAUGCUGUGGCAGCCUGGAAUGGCUUCCAACCGUCCUACCACCCCUGGCGGAGGUCUCACACCGGAGCAGUAUGUCCAGCAACGCGCAGCACCUAGUCCCCCCGUGCAUCUGCACAGCCGAUCUUCAUCUAAUAAUACCCCACCCCCACAGCGUCCAGCAUCUGGAGAUUGGACACAACAUGCCCGCUCUAGUUCACGCAUGAACAAUCAGGAUCCCAACUAUCGGCCAUCUUCGCGGGGCACCGGCCCAAUGCUCAACUACGACAUUUCGAAUCAUCUCUCUGCUCGGGAACAAGAACAUGUCGCUCGAGUAACCAAUUCUCCAUUUUUCAACAUGUCACAGGACAAUCGCCGAGCACAGGCUCCUGUUAACCCCGGGGGCUUGGUGUCAACCAUCGAUGCCCGCGAACGUGAUAGACGUGAGAUAAGAGGGCAGGUGUCGAACCAGAUGGUCCAGAAUGCAAUUACCCAACGCCAACAGCAAAUGAUGCACCAGCAAGCCGAUCCUCGUUAUUAUGGCUCGAUGUACCCACCCCAGUCUCAGCCUCAGCCGCAAUUUCGCCCACAUGCCAUGUACAACAUGGCUGGUGCGAACCGCACCUGGGAUGCUGUCCACCAAUUGAAUCAACCCGAAGAACCUCGCCGUCAAUCCUGGUAUGGCCAGCUUGGUCAGGCACCAAAUAUCCCGCCAAACUACCAACAAAGCCAGAACUAUGCUCAACACGGAGUAUACCCCGGUACUACCAACACCAUGCACCACUAG